AUGCUGCAUAGAUCUCACAGAAGUGGUUCUCCCGCAGCAGCAACAGCAGCAGCUUUGCGUUUAACGGCAGCAGCAGCAGCAGCAUCGCCACCAGAAGAAGCAGCAGAAGCGCGUGAAGCAGCAGCAUUAGAAGCAGCAGCAGAAGCAGCAGCAGAAGCAGCAUCUGUACCAGAUGAAGCAGCAGCAGCAGGAUCAGCAGCAGCAGCAGCAGCAGCAGGAUCUUGUGUGUCUGUCCCCCGCAUGCCUUUAGGUAAUUCUUCUCUGCUGCACCUCCGUCUGCUUACUCUCAAUUUGCAGCCAAUGGUUGUCUUCUACACUCAGCUGCUGGGCAUGCAGCUAGUGGGGCGUUGGAGUGUAUCGAGACAGCAGCAGCAGCAGCAGCAGCAGCAGCAGCAGCAGCAGCAGCAGCAGCGGGAAGAAGAUGAAGCAAACAAAGCAGCAGGAUACAAUUCUAGAGACAGAGGAGACAGUCCAACACAGACAAGACAAACAGAGACAGUAAAUAUACAAACAAAUAAUAUUAAUCAUGCAAAGGAGACAGCGCCCUCUCUAUGGGAGCCCCUCACUGGGCAGGUGUCUCUAAACACUGGAGACAAAAUACCAGUAGAUGAAAUUGCAUUACUUGCAUGCGCAGCAGCAGCAGAAGAGGGGGGCCCCACAGGGGGCCCCCAGGGGGCCCCACAGGGAUCCUCCUUGGGUUUUAAGCUCGAGUUGAUAUACAGCAGCAAGUGGGCAGAGCAGCAGCAGCAAAAAGAAGAAGCAUUAAAAGCUGCAUUAAAGAAAGAAGAAGAAAGCCUCAUGGCUGCUGUUGCUGCCUUUCGGCAGCACGAGGAGCAGCUGCUGCAGCAGAGGGUCAGCAGCGGCAGCAGCAGCAGCAUUAGGAGUAGCAGCAGCAAACUGCUGCCCAGCUUAUCUCGCAUGCGCAGCUAUGAAAAAAGACGGGGAAGACACGACAGGGGUUAUCACGGUUUCUUUGGCUUUACUUUUUUGCUGCCAGAGCUGCAGCAGCUGCAGCAGCAGCAAGUGCAGCAAGCCGGAGGCAAGCUGCUGCACUUCCCCGCAAAGAGAAAGCAAAUCCCUUCCAUGAUCCCAGAUCAAGAUGCUCGUCAAGAGUUGUGGGGUCAGAGCUGCUUUUUGCUGGACCCUGACGGCAACGGUGUGGAGGUGCAGCAACUAACGCGCAGCAGCAGCUGCAGCAGCAUGGGCAUGAGUGAGAAAGACAGAAGGAAAGAAGCAGCAAUAAACACCUGGCAGACAUACAUGGCUGAACAAGAAGCAGAUAUCAGUCGUCAGCAGCAGAAGCAGCAGCUGCUGCAGCAACUCCGAGAUGUUGACGCCCUGCUGCUGCAGCAACAGCAGCAGCAGCAACAGCAGCAACAACAGCACCAACAGCUACCGCAAGAACAGCAGCAGCAAAACCAGGAACAACAGCAGCAGCAGCAGGACCUUGGAAGUCUGUUGCAGCAAAAGCAGGAACUGCAGCGGAAGCUGGAUGCAUUCAACGAGCAGCAGCGCAUAAUUGAUGCUUUGGAGCAGCAGCAGCAGCAACAGCAGCAGGAAAGGGAAGCAGCAGCAGCGGGUGCUGCGCUGCAGCACAAGGGGCCCCUGACUCCUCGACUGCAGAAAGUUCGGCUGUACACUUCGUCUCAUGUUGCUGCAGAUAGAUUCUUCGGGAGACAGCUGCAGAUGCAGGUGAAGAGGCUGCAGCAAACACUAACAGCAAACGCAGCAGCAGCGAGAGACAGAGACAGAGACAGCAGCAGCUAG